AUGAGCGUAUCUCAAACUGUUAAAAGAGCAAAGAUGUCUAUGAAACAAAUUUGCACACACUCAGGUUCCUUCCACGCAGAUGAAGCUUUGGCAGUUUAUAUGCUAAGGUUGUUGCCUCAAUGGCGCGACAGCAAGUUGGUUAGAUCAAGAAAGCCAGAAGACUGGGAAGCUAGUGAUAUUGUUGUUGAUGUCGGUGGUCAAUACGAUAAUGGUGUUAAGUUUUUCGAUCACCAUCAAAGAGGUUUCUCUGAGACUUUUAAUGACAAGUACAAGACUAAAUUGUCAAGUGCUGGUUUAGUUUACAAGCAUUUUGGUAAGGAUAUCAUCAAGGAAUUGGGCCCUCAAUUAAACGAUGAUCAAGUUGAACUGUUAUAUGAUAAGGUUUACAGUCAGUUCAUCGAGAGUUUGGAUGCUAACGAUAAUGGUAUUGACCAAUAUGAUGCCGAUGUAGAACCAAAGUUCAGUGCCAAAGCUAUCACUUUGCCAAGUAUUAUUAGCAGAUUCAACCCAGAAUGGAACAAGGAUAGCUCUGAUGAGAGCUUCUACAACCAGUUCCUCAAGGCCUCUGAAUAUAUCGGAACUGUCUUUAAGGACUUGGUCAACGGCUACAUCAAUUCUUGGUUACCAGCUAAGACCCUAGUCAUUGAAGCUGUUGAGAAUAGAUUUAAUGUUGAUAAAAGUGGUAAGAUUAUUGAGCUAGCUGAGUUUUGCCCAUGGAAAGAGCACUUAUUCCAAGUCGAACGUGAAUUAAACAUUGAAAACACUAUCGAGUUUGUCAUCUUCAGCGACACAUCCGGUGCUUACAGAGUUUCCACAGUCCCUGUUACUUCUACUUCAUUCGAAUUCAGGAAGGGUUUGCCAGAGCCACUACGUGGUUUGAGAGACGAAGAACUUAGCGAAAAGAGCGGUUUCCCAGGAUGUAUUUUCAUCCAUGCUGCCGGUUUCAUUGGUGGUGCAAAAUCCCGUGAAUCUGCAAUCGGUUUAGCAAGAUUGUCUCUCUAA